AUGGGCUCGCCGAUUGAUAAUUUAAAUUUUGUAAAACGUCGAAGAAAACCACAAACUCAAAGUUCUUUUAAUGAACAAACGCGUGACUACUUAAACGAUUUAUCUGAUGAAAUAUUAUUGUCAAUAUUAAAUUAUUUACCAAAACACUCACUUGCAUCGUUCGCACAAGUUUGUCGUCGAUUUCAUUCGUUAGCGCUUGAUCCAAGCUUAUGGCCUCGAAUUAAUAUAUCAAGUCAAAAUAUUCGUAGUUCGGAUUUAAAUACUAUACUUCGACGCGGUACUCUUUAUCUAAAAAUGUUUUCAACUACUGUCAUUGGUUCAGUAUUGCAUCCGUUAGAUUAUUCUAUAAAAAUGGCAAUGAAUGAGAAUCUACAAACACUUAAUUUGACAAUGUGCAAUGGUUUAUGUCUACAAUCGAUUACUGAGAUAACACAAAAAUUGAAAAAGCUACGUCAUUUGAAUAUUGGCUGGACACAAUUAGACGAUGCUUCAUUGACGUUACUUUGUCAAACCAUUCAGCCAAGUGUCGAACAGUUAUGCUUAAGUGGAUGUCGCCAAACGAUGAAUGAUGAUUGUGUUGAAAAUCUGGUUCGUCGCGCUCAACAUUUGCGUGUAUUAGAUUUAAGUGAUUCUAAUUUAAUAACAGAUAAAUCGAUUAAUGUCAUUAUUCGCUACUUGAGACAGUUGGAACAUGUGUCGUUCUCUCGUUGUUAUACAAUUGCUCCUAUUGCUUAUGCAUCAUUGAAAAAAUUGGAUAAUUUAGUAGCACUGGAUAUAUUUGGCGUUGUUGAUGACCGUGGAAUACAAAAGUUGCGUGCAAUGCUUGGAUCAAAAAUACAGAUAAAUAAAUAUCAUUUAUCAUCUAGAUUGGGUGUAAUGGAACCAACAAAAGUAAAAGAAAAAUACCAUGCAUUAAAAGCACAACGACCUACGCGAACUUUAGUUCGAUGCGAUUCAACUGACGUACUUCCACAAACUGUACAAGCGACUGGUAUAUAUUCAAAUAUAUGCUCGAAAGCACCCGAUGCCCUAUUCAGGGAUCGUAAAGAUAAUCCUCAAUUUGAACAACAAGUCUCAGAUAAUAGAAAAAUAUCAAAUUCGUCUUAUCUUGAAAAGAAAAGACCGGGCAGUGGUAUCUCAAAUAUCAUCGACUAUUCAUCUCUUAAUUUAUUUUCGGCCAAUAAUUCAUACUGCGACGACACUCAUUUUAAUACAUCUGCCAUUUUGCCUCAAACAAAAGAAGUAUCAUCAGUUCAUAUUGUUCUUCGUCCGAUUGAUUUAUCAAAUCUUUUACCUCUUCGCGCACGCUUAACAGUUUCAGAUACUUCUAUCAUGGCGAUAGGACAUAAUUAUUUAAACAAUUUAUCCGAUGAAUUGUUACUAUCAAUUCUUCGAUAUUUGCCAAAACGUGAUUUGGCUUCGUUUGCUCAAGUCUGUCGAAGGUUCCGUUCUUUAGCAUAUGAUUCAAGUCUAUGGUUUCGAGUCGAUAUGUCUCGAAAACAAAUACUUAGUUUAUAUUUACAUACAUUAUUAUUACGCGGUGUUAUUGUACUAAAAAUGUAUCAAACUACGGUUAAUGGUUCUUUACUAUAUCCGUCCAAUCAAUUAGCAUUUACAAAACUCCAGUACCUAGAUUUGACAAUGGCUACCAUUACACAAGAAUGUUUAUUUAAUCUGAUAAAUUCAUGCCGAUUAUUAAAAAAAUUAAGUCUUGAAUCAUUAGAGCUCAAUUGUAAAAUAAUUUGUAAAUUAGUUUUAAAUGAACAAUUAGAGACGUUAAACUUGACAAUGUGUACCGGUCUAGAUUCGAAUUCAAUUCGUGAAUUGACAUUAAAAUUAAAACAACUCCGUCAUUUGAAUAUUGGCUGGACACAAUUAGACGAUGCUUCAUUGACGUUACUUUGUCAAACCAUUCAGCCAAGUGUCGAACAGUUAUGCUUAAGUGGAUGUCGCCAAACGAUGAAUGAUGAUUGUGUUGAAAAUCUGGUUCGUCGCGCUCAACAUUUGCGUGUAUUAGAUUUAAGUGAUUCUAAUUUAAUAACAGAUAAAUCGAUUAAUGUCAUUAUUCGCUACUUGAGACAGUUGGAACAUGUGUCGUUCUCUCGUUGUUAUACAAUUGCUCCUAUUGCUUAUGCAUCAUUGAAAAAAUUGGAUAAUUUAGUAGCACUGGAUAUAUUUGGCGUUGUUGAUGACCGUGGAAUACAAAAGUUGCGUGCAAUGCUUGGAUCAAAAAUACAGAUAAAUAAAUAUCAUUUAUCAUCUGUGGCAAGACCGACAAUUGGGAUAAGAAGAACAAGUAUAUGGGGACUUCGAACACGCACGUAA